AUGGCAGCCUCCAGACAAGAGAUAAAUUUUAACCGACUUUUAAAUCGCUGUGAAUCAAUGGCAUCUGACAAGCGUUUAAAAGAUUGGAGACUCGAAAAGUAUAUUGGAGCCCUGCAGCUUCAGCUAAAUCAGCUGAAAAAAUCUUCAAGCAAACCAUGCGAAGAGGUUUUGACUGGUUACGCUAAAAAGGUUGACUUGUUGAAGGGUCUAAUUGAGGCAGAGAAGCUGCCGACAGCCACAGAGAAGUCGUUAGCGACGGAACGCCUUCCCCCAGUGUCGACAAACGACAACCCGACACAGCAGUUACACAUGCAGACCAAGGUGUUGUACCAGCAGGAAAUGAGAAACGAGUUACUGGGUUUCACUCCCGAUGAUAGUGGAGACUUUGGUGUGCGUCACCGGCAGAAGGCGAAGGAUGAAGACAUUGACACAGUGUUACAGCAUCACCACCAGAUGCAGGAGAAACUGGCAGACGAGAUGCUGGCCCUGGCGCGAGGACUCAAGCAGAAUGUCGCCGACGCUGGCAGGAUAGUCAAGGAUGAUGUGAAGAAAAUCAGUGACAGCACUCGCCUGGCCGACACCAACACCGGCAAACUGAAGGUGGAGAGCGAGAGGCUGGAGGCUCACACCAAAACAUGCUCCUGGUGGAUCUGGAUUAUGCUCCUCGUUGUCGUGGCAACAUUCAUCUGGAUGAUCCUCUUCAUGAAGCUUUUUCCAAAGAAGUCAUAAACGAACAACUGGACAAGAGUGAAUGAGUAAUUUAUUAUCUGUUUGAUUGGUAUGCCAUUGUGAGCCAUGAUGGUUAAGAACUGGACAAAAGUAUAAUGACUCAUUUAUUCUUUGACAUUGAUAUGCCAUCAUGGUAAAGAACUUGGACGAAAGCAAAUGAGUUAUUUAUUCUUUGACAUUAACAUGCCACCAUGAGUCAUCAUGGUAAAGCACUUGGACGAAAGCAAAUGAGUUAUUUAUUCUUUGACAUUAACAUGCCACCAUGAGCCAUCAUGGUAAAGAAGUAGACGAAAGUAAAUUAGUUAUUUAUUCUUUGACAUUAACAUGCCACCAUGAGCCAUCAUGGUAAAGCACUUGGAUGAAAGCAAAUGAGUUAUUUAUUCUUUGACAUUAACAUGCCACCAUGAGCCAUCAUGGUAAAGCACUUGGAUGAAAGCAAAUGAGUUAUUUAUUCUUUGACAUUAACAUGCCACCAUGAGCCAUCAUGGUAAAGCACUUGGAUGAAAGCAAAUGAGUUAUUUAUUCUUUGACAUUAACAUGCCACCAUGAGCCAUCAUGGUAAAGAACUUGGAUGAAAGCAAAUGAGUUAUUUAUUCUUUGACAUUAACAUGCCACCAUGAGCCAUCAUGGUAAAGAACUUGGAUGAAAGCAAAUGAGUUAUUUAUUCUUUGACAUUAACAUGCCACCAUGAGUCAUCAUGGUAAAGAACUUUGAUGAAAGCAAAUGAGUUAUUUAUUCUUUGACAUUAAUAUGCCACCAUGAGUCGUCAUGGUAAAGAACUUUGAUGAAAGCAAAUGAGUUAUUUAUUCUUUGACAUUAACAUGCCACCAUGAGUCGUCAUGGUAAAGAACUUUGAUGAAAGCAAAUGAGUUAUUUAUUCUUUGACAUUAAUAUGCCACCAUGAGCCAUCACGUUAAAGAACUGGAUGAGAAAGGAUAAUUUAUUAUAUAUGACGCUGACCUGCUAUGUGGACCAUUAUAGUGAAGUAUUGGAAGAAUAAAGUGAAUGAGAUAAUUCAUUAUCCAUGACAUUAAAAUGCAACCAUAAGUCAUUGUGAAGAAGUGGACAAAAAAAUUAGUUUUAUCAUUAUUUGUGACAUUAACAUGCCACCAUAGGACAUCAUGGUAAAGAACUGGAGAAAAAUGAAGGAAUCAUUUAUUAUCUGUGACAUUGAUAUGCAACCAACCAUAAGGAAUUGUGAAAAACUGGAUGAAAAAACUAAUUUUCUGCCACCAUGGGUCAUCAUGGUAAAGAACUGGAAGAAACCUAAUGAACUAUUUAUUAUCUGUGACAUUGAUAUGGUGGGUAUAUUUCCUGAAAGCUUCCUUCUGAGAUGGUAUAGAAAAGCAGGUAGGUAGUAUGAGUUGACUACGUUUCACAUGAUGUAAUAUUUUUAAAAAAAGAGAAAACAUUUGAUUGGCUGAACUGAUGGACUGGUUACUGUCAUUUAUUACUGAUGAAGUGUGGCACUAUCACCAACAUAUGUAGUUGGGGUUUUUUGGUCUUUAUUUGAGAUCCAAACGUGAUCAUUUCUCCCAGACGCAGGGCUCGAAAUUGCAGUCUGCGAAAAGCAGUUAAUUUUUUAGGCCAGCCAGGUGAAGUAGAAAUUCACUAGGGAACAUUUUGUUUUCAAAAUAGUGAUUAGCAAUAUUGCUAGUCAAUUGAAAAUUAAUUGGCAACUACUGUUUUUUUUAAAUAGUGUAGCGAUCUCUGAAACUUGACACAAUACUGAACAAAACGUUCCCUGUUCACCUGCUAAAACGAGCAAAAAAUUGCUGGUCAUUUUUCAAGAGAGGUCAUGUGCGUACAUGAACAACCGUCUCAUUUUGUUAUUGAGCUUGCGAUUCUCUUAAAUAUUUUAAUUCCAUAAUGUUCUAGAAUGCAUCUCGGAGGUCCUAAUCUUUCACACAUCAUCCCAAAUCAUCCCCUCAAUCCAUGCUGUUUUUCAGAAGGACAUGUUCAUGUUUAUUAGCAGGACACAUUUCAUUUGACCUAUUUAAAAAUUGUUUUUAUAUAUAACAGCCAGUCAUAUUUUACUUCC